GUCAAAAUUAAACCAUAUGUUUCUUUUUGGUACUUGGAUAAAAAAAUGUGAGAGUAAUUGAACAGUUGUAGGACACCGGUAAUUUCACAAUUCUAGUGAAAGCUUGAUUGAAAAGUUCUGUAGAAUAAAGAUUUUAUUUCCCUGAGUGGUUAAACAGCAACAUCUACCUGACCUGUCUUUGUAAUUGUAAAACUUUUCUGUCUUCAGAGCAAUCAAAUGAAGGUAAGAUAAUGGUAAGAUGGCUUAAAUUUUGUGCAACAUAGCCUUUGCAAACAAGAAAUGGAUGCUUCAUGAUAGGUCAUGAAGUAAAACAAAGCAUGGGACAACAGGAAAGGAAUGCUUUAUCUAUAACUGCGUGGCAAAUAAACAAAGCUCAAAAAUGAAGUUAGGGAUAGUAAACCAAAUGUGACAAACAAAACCCCCUUUUUAAGCCCAAGCAGAAUCAGAUUCCAAAAUCAAAGUGAAGAAUUUCCCGCAGACAAUCCAAAAGUAGAGGUAUCAUCUGAUUCUUGAAAUUCUCCAAAUCCAACAUUUCCUUCUCAAUUCUGAUUACCAUCCUUUUAGCCACUAUAUCAACCAAUCAUUGAUCUAAUGUCUGUUCACAGCUUCAGGCAAGCAAAGGCAAGGACAAACAGGAUCUUCAUAUGACUUGUUGCAUGGUGGUGAGAAUUAACCUCGACUGCAAUGCUUGCUGCAGGAAAGCAAGGAAAAUUAUUCUCAACAUGAAAGAGAUAGAGACACACAUGAUUGCUAAGCAGGAAUGCAGGAUAGUUGUAUGCGGGAGAUUCAUACCUGCGGAUGUGGCAAUAAAGUUGAGAAAGAAGAUGAACCGCAGGGUGGAAAUAAUGGAAAUCCAGGAGAUGGGUGGUGAUGGUGACACAACUGAAGAAUCAAGGCCAAUAAUCCAUGGCUCUUAAAAUCUGAUAUAGCCUGCACAAAUCAUAUUGCUGGACGUCUGGAAGCUCACAGCCACUUGUGAUUGUGGUUUAUGGCAGGAAAAUUGCGGAAAAAUUAAAUGAAAAUGUGCUUUAGAAGUAAAUCCUUGUAAAAUCUGAACAGCAAAUGGAGCAGAUGCAAAAGAAUGGUAAAAAAUCAGCACUGUAUUACAAACCAACAUAGAUUGUAGUUAAAUAGCAGUGUUGAAAUUAUUAUUUU